AGGAUCUGUCCUAGAGAUCAGCCUCUUCUGCAGGGUCUGAGCGGCCCAAUAGUUUGUAGGAUCCACCACCCCGAGCCGGGACACUGAGAUCGCCCCAAUGUUCUGCUGCCUGAGCUUCCUCUUCACCCCCCUCCCCACUCCAUUGAUCGUUAGUCUCAUUACUGUUGGGAUCUCUGCUUUCAUCUAUGUGCUAACGAAGCCUAAACCAGUCUACCCCCCCAUAGAUCUCAACCGACAGUCUAUUGGCACCGAGGGCGGAGCCAGAAGAUGCGCGUUGCUGAAGGAUGACAGACUCAUGUCGUAUUAUUUCGAUGACGCCAAGACCCUGUAUGAAGUGUUUAUGAGGGGGCUCCAUGUCUCAGGGAAUGGAGAUUGUUUGGGCUACAGGAAGCCAAACAGGCCAUAUCAAUGGCUGACUUACAAACAGGUGGCUGACAGAGCAGAGUUACUUGGAUCUGGGCUUAUUCACAAAGGGUGCAGACCAUCCACGGAUCAGUUCAUUGGGAUCUUUUCACAGAACCGACCAGAGGCAGUUAUUGCAGAGCUGGCUUGUUUCACCUACUCUAUGGUCGUGGUUCCACUCUAUGAUACACUCGGACCGGAAGCCAUUGUGUAUAUUGUAAAUAGAGCUGAUCUCUCCUUGGUUUUCUGCGACAAACCGGACAAGGCGCUGACUUUGCUGAACAACUGUGAGAAAGGGCAGAUGCCGGUGCUGAAAGCCAUCGUUGUAAUGGAGCAGUUUGGUACCGAGCUGAAGGAGAGGGGAGCAAAGUGCGGAGUUGAGAUUCUCUCCAUGGAGGAAAUUGAGUACCUGGGGAAAGAGAACUUCAAGAAGCCAGUGCCCCCCAAGCCCAGUGAUCUGAGUGUGGUUUGUUUCACCAGCGGCACCACAGGUGACCCCAAGGGGGCGAUGCUGACCCAUGAAAAUAUAGUUGCAGACGCCACCGGUUUUAUUAAGAAUACAGAGAGCACCUUCAUGCCCCUGACCUCAGAUGUUGCCAUAUCUUACCUGCCCAUGGCACACAUGUUUGAGAGAGUGGUGCAGACAGUGAUGUACCAUUCCGGCGGCAAAGUCGGCUUCUUCCAGGGUGAUGUCCGAUUACUGACUGACGAUAUGAAAGAGCUGAGGCCGACUCUUUUCCCCACGGUACCGAGGCUGCUCAACAGGAUUUAUGACAAGAUACAAAGUGGAGCUCAGACGCCACUCAAGAAGCGCCUACUGGAAUUCGCCGUUGCCAGGAAGUUUUCCGAGGUGAAACAGGGAAUCAUACGCAACGACUCCAUUUGGGACAAGUACAUAUUUAAGAAGGUCCAGGACACCAUGGGGGGACGGGUGCGAGUGAUGGUGACGGCGGCUGCUCCCAUUUCCGGAAAUGUCCUCUCCUUCCUCAGAGCAGCAUUGGGGUGCCAGAUAUUUGAGGCCUAUGGACAGACGGAAUGCGCCGCUGGGUGCACCUUCUCUACCCCCGGGGAUUUCACAGCAGGUCAUGUUGGGGCCCCGUUGCCGUGUAAUACAGUGAAACUGGUUGACGUUGCUGAUAUGAACUACUUUUCCUCCAAUGGAGAAGGAGAGGUGUGUAUCAAAGGAACCAACGUGUUCCAGGGUUACCUGAAAGACCCGGAGAGGACGGCGGAGGCGCUGGAUUCCGAUGGGUGGCUCCACACUGGGGACAUUGGCAAGUGGCUACCUAACGGAACCCUGAAAAUCGUGGACAGGAAGAAGAACAUAUUUAAGUUGGCGCAGGGGGAGUACAUUGCUCCGGAGAAGAUAGAGAACGUGUAUGUGAGGAGCGCACCUGUAGCGCAGGUGUUUGUGCACGGCGACAGCCUCAAGUCGUGUCUUGUUGGAAUCAUCAUUCCGGACCCCGAAGUCCUCCCAGACUUUGCAGCUAAACUUGGCUUGAAGGCAUCGUAUGAUGAUCUGUGUGCCAAUAAGGCAGUGAAGGAGGCCAUACUAGAGGACUUGGUUAAACUGGGCAAGCAAGCUGGCCUGAAGUCAUUUGAGCAGGUGAAAGAUAUCCACGUGCACUCGGAAAUGAUGACGGUCGAAAACGGUUUCUUGACACCGACGCUGAAAGCCAAGCGAGCCGAGGUGGCAAAGCACUUCAAGAGCCACAUAGACAGCCUGUAUGCGAGCCUCAAUGAGUAACGCUGCCCCCUGCUGGCUGGGCUAUGGCUUCCCAUGGAAGCCCCCCCUGUGCAACGUUUAACCCCCCCGGGAUGUUCCACUGAGACCAUUUGGACCGCGUUCAGUUACACUCAGAACCUCUCAGGACAUUUGGGUAACUAUGGUGGCAGGAUGAAUGGGUAUCCCAGGCAAAACAGGAGGCCUAGGGGCCAAUCCUCUCUAUAAACACCUAGAGGGGAGGAAGAGCCACAUGUAAUGUACAAAACUGGCUAAAGAAAAAGAAUGAAAGUAAUAAAUAUUGUGACUUUUUCUGAAUCAAUGAACUGUACAUAUUGUUUUCCAGAUAAGAAAUAAAAAUAAUAAAUAAGGAAAUAAUUGACUGAA